CUGUGUCCGUUUCCCGCCAAAACCAGCGUCGUCCUUUUACCUAAACUGAAAGAGAGCAAGCCACUAGUCAGAGUGCGGAGAUCGGAAUGGCACCGGCGGCUGAUCCACCGUCUUCUUCGCCUCUUCGCACCGCAGAAAAUAAUCUCCAGCCGUUUUUCGUUCUUCACAAAGCGUCCCUGCGAAAAUGCACCGGAAAAACCCGUCGGAGGAUCGACCUAUCCCCCCAAAAAUCAGAUGGAUAUGCAGACAUCUCCGGCAAAAACCUGCCGUUGGAAACCUUCAAAUUUCUCUGGUCGAAGACCGAGUCCAUUAUCAAGGAGGUCUUGAGAAAUCUUAACGCCGACGUGUUUGGCGAUAUUUGUAAAUGGCUUCACGAGUCUUUUGACGCUAUUCGUGCCUGCCGAGCUCUUAAUUUGGGUAGCGUCACACGUCCCUACCCGAUCAUGAAUGGUGCUUCAAAUGCUUCAGCAAUUUCAUUUAGACAGAUCUUCACGGCAUUGCUUUUCACCAAGAAUAUGGAGUUCGUGGAUGACAUAUUGGCUUUUGAGGACCUUGCUGUGCAUUUGAGGUCCAAUGGUUGUUAUGUAGCUAAGCUCACAUCUUCAGAAUUCUCUGCUAAAAAUGGAGUAGGUGGCUGUCUUAGAACUCUAUUGAGGCAGUUUCUGAUGCUUGGCGUUGAUGCUCCUGACAUGUCCAUUUUAGCAUCGUGGUACUCUGAACAAGAUGAGAAGCCACUAGUUAUCAUAAUUGAAGACGUUGAGAGGUGCUGCGGUUCUGUCCUGAAUGAUUUCAUUGUGAUGUUGAGGGAAUGGGUAGUUAAAGUUCCUGUAAUUUUGAUACUGGGAGUUGCAACGACUUUUGAUGCUCUAAGGAACACUUUAAGCUCAAAUACGUUGUUGGAUCUGUCUGUUUGUGAAUUUAGUUUGAGAACCCCAUCUGAAAGGAUGGAUGCUGUUAUCGAGGCUGUUUUUCUGAAAAGUUGUGGAAGCUUCAGCAUAGGAAAACACAUUUCAUCUUUCCUGAGAAAUUACUUUUUAAGGCAUGAUGGAACACUGACCUUUUUUGUUAGAGCUUUAAAGGGCUUUGACAAAGACAGUAUUUCAUUGAAAGAAAAUAUGCUCAGGGAUCUUCCAUCUUUACAAAGGUUUUGUCAGCCUGGUGCCAAUAAUGCUGACUUGUCCUAUGGUUUGUCUGAACUCAGAAGACUUCGUAAGCUAUGGAGCUUGACGGUUAUGUGUCUGUUUGAAGUUGGAAAGUACCGCAAAAUUACCCUGUUAGAUUUAUUCUCUGAGACGCUUGAACCUGAACCACGAAACUCUGACGCUUCCGAUUGUAUGCAAUUGGCAAAAGAGAAGAGCAUCGUUUGCGCAUUCCAGAAAGUGAGAGAUUUACCGCCUGUAGAGAUCCGCAAGUUGCUCGGCAACUGGGAAGUGCUUACCAGAGGCGUAACUGAGAUUCAUGACAAAGUGAAGGAGCUAGAGUCGCUGACAACAACUGAGGAGACUCGUCCAAAGAGGGAGCCAAAAGAGUCAUCCAGGAGGCCCACUGCCAGGAAUUACAUAAACGAGCAUAAAGAAAGAUCUGCAGCCAACGAGAAAGUCGUUACAUUUCUACAGUGUUUGGUCAAGCAAUACAUCCAGCCCACUGAAAAUCUACCUCUCAAUGAAAUAGUGUUCUUCGAUAAUAUCGACAAACUUCAAACAGCUUUGAUAGGAGACCCUAGAAGAAAAAUUCAGGCCGACCUUUUAGAGUCCAACAAGUUACUAAAAUGUUCUUGCUGCAGCAAAAAUUACGGUGGGCCAGUACCAUCCAUGCACGAUACAUCUAUAAUGUACACACUAGCUCAAGAGCACGGUGAUCUCAUCAAUCUUCACGAAUGGUUUCACUCUUUCAAAGCAGUUGUUUCACGCCCGACCUCACAGGGAAAAAAGAGGUCGAAAACAUCGCCAUCACCUAAAAAACGAAAAGAAUCGAACGAGCCUCAGAACAACAAAACCGAUGCUUCAAUUCAGUAUCCUCCACUUUUCUUCGCAGCCGAAUUUUGCAGAGCGGUUAUCGAACUGCAGAUUACGGGCUUGAUUCGAAUGCCGAGCAAAAGGCGCCCGGAUUACGUGCAGAGAGUGGCUUUUGGACUUUGACGAGCAAGAGACUCAACAUAUGGUGGGUAGCUGAAGUAAAUAGUUUAAAGUGGGCCUCGCCCCAAAGACCAAAUGUUAUGGGCUUAUACUUCAGGUCCAACUCUGCCUAAUGUUUUAUGUUGUUAUUUUGUUCGUCCAUAAGAUUGACUAUUGUGAGGUUUAUGUAACAAACUAGAACGAGACGGGUAUAAGGUAUUGAUAUUUG